AUGUCAAAAAUAGAGAAUUUCUUGACUGAAGAUGGGCUGACAGUGAAGUUAUUUGAGGCAAAUGUGGAAAUCAAUUCAAAAAAGCAUCAAUUAUCUGUGUUGAUCAAAGUUUUUGCGGAAUUCAAUUCAAUCCAAGUGAUAGCUGAUGAACUACAACGACAAUGGGAUAAGUUUGGAAAAUUCCAUCUUACUAUACUCGGUUCGAGAUGGUGCUUAUGCUCGUUCUUCACUACUGAAGCAGUUGAGGAGGUGCUAUCAAGUGGACCUUGGUUCGUGAAGGGUCACAUUGUGGGUAUAGAUAAGUGGAUCCUAAAAUUCACUACUGAUUCAUUGAAAGGUUUGUCUUCUCCCAUUUGGGUGAGAUUACCCAAUCUACCUCUUUACUGUUGGGAUGAAGUAAAUGUGGCAAGGAUUUCUUCGUUGAUUGGAGUCCCUAUUCUCAUUGAUGGAGACAUGAUCCAAUGGGGGAGGAGGGAAUUUGCAAGGGUAUGUGUGAGAAUUGAACUUGAUAAGCAAUUGCCAUUGGGAGUAUGGGUUGAUGAUUUGCAUGGUCGGUUCUUUCAAAAAGUAGAAUACAAGAAAGUAUCAACUAUCUAUUUUAAUUAUGGGAAGCUGGGACAUCUUAACAAGGCUUGUGUUCUUAAAAAGACAAUGGAAAAUGUCAAAAUGAUAGAGAGGAAUCCUUCUACUUCAAAGACUCAGGUGGAUGAUCAGAUAAUCUCAAUUUCAGUUGAAGUAAAGUAUGGUCCCUGGAUGCUGGUUUAUAGGAAAGUAGAAACUGUGAAGGUGAAGCCUCCACAAAAAAAUGUUGUUGAAGUGUUAUUGAAGAACCCUGCAAAUCUAUCAUAUGUCAUGAUUGAUCAGAAUACUCAGGAACAAUCGAGGAUGGAAGUUAACUCUACUCAAAUUGUUUAA